AGUAGUGGUUGGGGAGAAAGGGGAGCGCAGCGUUCAGUAUUAGGGCAACGAAAAACUUUCUUUCAGUCAUUUGGUCGAACAGUUUGAUGAUGAAAUAUAGACUUGUAAUUUCCUUGUUCCUUCGUGGUCAUCUCACUCCCAAUUUGCCAUCUUUUCUUCUUCGAUCCACCAGUGGUGUUUUCCUUCCCCAUGCUAGUUUCCUACAUGGUGCUCUCUCAAGGUCUACUUCUGGAAUCAGGUUCUCUACUUUUACUUCCUCAAGCAAUUCACAUGAUGGCAGUGAUUAUGAACAUGAAGAUACUACUGAUACUGACCCUUCACUAGAUUAUAACGAACUAUAUUCUGAUUUUUCCAAAGAAGAUGUUGAAACAAUUGAAGCCAUUUUCAAACAACCCGGAAUCCAUGUGCAUAACAAACUUGAGCAAUGUGGUGUAAGGCCCACACACAAUCUAGUUACUGUCAUUCUUUCUCGUGCACGAAAUAAUUGGGAAGUUGCAUUCACUUUCUUCAUAUGGGCCAGUAAACAAACAGGUUAUGUGCACUCUGUGCGUCAAUACCAUUCUAUGAUAUCUAUACUUGGAAAAAUGAGGAAGUUUGACACUGCAUGGUCACUCAUUGAGGAAAUGAGAGGUGGUAAAGAUAGACCAUCUCUUGUGAAUCCUCAGACACUCUUGAUCAUGAUAAGGAAAUACUGUGCUGUACAUGACGUUGGAAAAGCUAUCAGUACUUUUUAUGCAUUUAAACGGUUUAAUUUAGAUAUUGGAAUGGAAGAAUUUCAAGACCUUUUGUCUGCCCUUGCUCGCUACAAAAGUGUAAAAGAUGCCGAGCACUUGCUUUUUUGCAAUAAGAAUGUUUUCCCGUUGAAUACCAAGAGUUUGAAUAUCAUUCUCAAUGGAUGGUGUCUUCCCCUUGAUGAUUUAAGUGAGGGAAAGAGGAUUUGGAGGUUGAUGAAGGAAAAAAGGAUUCCUCGUGAUGUUUUUUCGUAUUGUAGUAUCAUGUCUUGCUAUUCGAGGGCUGGUAGACUCAAUGUUGUGCUUAAGCUUUUCGAUGAGAUGAAAUUGUGUGGGGUUGCACCUGAUGUUAAGGUUUAUAAUGCUGUCAUUCAUGCUCUUGCAAAAGGCAGGUUGGUUAAACAAGCUAGGAGUGUGAUGACGAUGAUGGAAGAGAAUGAUCUCGCUCCAAACGCUGUUACUUAUAACUCACUAAUCAUGCCUCUCUGCAAAGCUCAAUUACUAGAUGAAGCUCAAGAGAUCUUCAAUGAAAUGAUUCAACGAGGCAUACAUCCUACUGUCCGAACUUACCAUGCAUUGCUUCGUAGCCUGAGGACAGGGGAAGAAGUGUUCGAGCACUUGCAGAAGAUGAACACGAUGGGAUGUAUUCCAACUCAUGACACUUAUAUAAUGUUAAUCCGGAAGUUUUGCCGAUGGUGCCAACUUGAUAAUGUUUUCAUGUUGUGGGAUAAGAUGAGCAAGAUCGGUUUGGACCAUGAUCGAAGUUCAUAUAUAGUGCUGAUACAUGGACUCUUUUUGAAUGGGAAGAUGGAGGAGUCGUACAAAUACUAUCAAGAAAUGAAGCAAAAAGGUUUACUGCCGGAGCCCAAGAUAGAUGAAAUGCUUCAAGCUUGGGUGGCUGGCAGGAGAGAUUCUCAAGAGAAUAAAGUAACAUGUCAUCAGGAGAACAAAAAGGUGGUCAAAUUUGAAAAAGCUGAUAAAGAAAGGGAUUUCCAUAAAAAACCUGAAAUGAGAAAAGUUAUGAGAGAGCGUGGCUUUUCUUUCUGGGAUCAAUAGACUCAAUGUUGAUUAUAAAAUUAUGGUUGGGAAUCUGGCUCGGGUCACUGUACAUACAGGUCUCGGGGUUCUCAUGAAUUAAAGUGAAGAGGAGAUGCAGUGAAUGACUUGUCUAUAGAGGUACUAAGAGUAAUAACUUUCUUGCAUUACAUGGUGGGGUUUGUGUUUUUUCCUGUAACUAGUGCAAGAAAAUUUAUUUUGGUUGAUAAGCCAAUAUGGUAACUGUUUGCUUAGAUUGGGCAAUGCGUUUAAGCGGGGACUCCAGAAUCCAUUUUGGGGGCAGAAAGCAGGCUUGGAGAUUAUGUAGAAAUUUCGAUUGCCCAACAGAGAAUGUGGUUUCGCAAUUCGAAAUUCUUCUAUUCUGUGGCAUCUGCAGGAUGAACUGACUUGCAUGUGCUUGAAGUGCCUGCAACUUUAGCAGCAGCAAAGGCAAAUUUGUUUGUAAUAGACCAGAGAAAGAACUUUUCAAUAGUUGGUGCCCUUUCUCGUGCAUUUGCUAUACCAUCAUUAUCAGGGCCUGCAUUUUAGGUCUGCGGCGCGGCUAUCUCAUUGAUCUGCUGAUAUCUGAGCCUAAUCAAGGUUCAUUAGACAUUGAUUGUCAGAAAGCAGUUACAGCUAUUUGCAGUUCAAUAAUUUUUCUAUGUUCCUCAAGUAUAAUGACCUCAAGGCAUCACACAUCUGCUGGCACUGCCCCUCAUCUGUCCUUUGUUAAAUCUAUCUGUGAUGUACAGCUUGGAAUUUCAGCAGAUACUUCUGAAGAGCCCCCCUGAGGAACACAGGCUUACUUGCUUGCAUACACCCUCCGUUGCAUUUGAUUGACAGGAAAGCUAGGAGGAUAAGUGAUUUUUAAUUUAUUGGCUCGUUGUGCUUUUCAAUCAAGUGACCAACAGGAAAGUUCUAGACUGCAUUUGGUAUCUUUCCCACAGAAAAGGUCUCCCAGAAAGUAAACUUUCAAAACUAAGGAGGAGAAAGAGAAAAAUUGUAGACUAACUACUCACUGUAUUUGUAUUUAAUUAUGUGAUUUUAAAUUUAUUGGCUUUUCGUGUUUUUAAUUAAGUGAUGAGUGAUGACUGGCAGGAAGGUUCUAGACUGCAUUUGGUAUCUAUCCCACAGAAAAGGUCUCCCAGAAAGUGAACUUUCAAAACUAAGGAGGAGAAAGAGAAAAGUUGUAGAGUAACUACU